CAUAGUCUCGCCAUGCACCUAACAGAGCUGGAUGUUGCCAUUAUCCACCACAUCUUUGAAGAGCUCCCUGUCAAGACUCUUCUUAUCCUGCGCCAGACAUGUCGUUCUCUGCGUUCCGCAACAUACUCCAAGAUAGUUUGGAUUCGCCAGAUGGAACUGCUGGAAGAGCAAGGCGCGAUCAUACCCUCUUAUGCUCAAAACUAUCGCCCGCUCCAGCCCAUUAUUCUGGAAGCUCUAGUUUUGCGACUGUCAUCGGUUGCGGACAAAUGGACUCGUCAAGAUAUGGCCCCGACCAAAUGCUCAUCACUAGCAGUUCCCCGCUCGAUAACAUGGCUGCGCAUAGUUGACGGUCGAUAUGUAUUUGCGGCAUUCUCUGACCAAAAGCUAAGCAGUAUUGCGUGUUGGGAUAUGUGGUGGUUGCCCGACGGCAACAUUAAUCCAAUCGCGGAAGCAUUCCUUCCCGGUCGCGUCAAUACCGCUCAAGUAGAUAUGCAGGAAGACGGUAUCGUGCUAGCGCUAGGGCUCGACGGCAACAGCACAAGCGUUCUGGUGACGACGCUACAGAUGCGACACAAUAAAUUCGAGCUCCAUGAACUGGCGCGUAUAGAACACUCGUCACAUAUUCUUCUGCUGGAAGGCCCCUUCCUUGGCUGCGCUGUUCGUACCGGUGUCAAUGUUCCUCAUUUGGUGAACUGGAAAGAUGGGACUUUUUGCGAAAUUCCUGUACAACCGGGUACGCUUGAGAGCCCAGACAGAGCGAGUGUUCCACAUCUAAUGACGAUUUCCGAAGAAAUCCUCGUCAUUGUGCGCUCCACUGGUAUCGAAAUAUACCACUGUCCAUUGUCAACAAGCGAACCCAUCGUCUUUAUCCGACAUAUCGCUACCUCUCCCAUCUGGGAAGCCGUCGCGACUUCGAGAGCCAGUUCGCAAGGCAUACAGUUGACAUUCAUCACACGUGUCGGUCUCGAAACUCUAGUAAUCGACUCGCGAGUGCUUGACACCGGUAGCGAGCCCCCAGGCAUGACUUGUGUCGCCCGCGCGCCAUCAUGCGGUUGUUGUGGUCCCUCUACCACAUGCGAUUACAUCUACCACAGUGCUCCCUGGUACGGACUCUGUGUCGGAAGCACUGGUCGUCAAUGCAUGUGGGUAUCUGUUGCCGAAGACCUCGGAAACAGACGCUCUUCUCCGUGUCUUGUGUCAGCAAGGCUUCCUCCAGUUACUGGUGGACCUUUGGACAGCGCGCAGGUUGUCUCUUGGCCAAUAAAUCCUGAAUAUGACAUGGCGCUUUGGGCACUGCCCCGGUUCGAUUUCGAUGAGGCUCUCGGGACUACCGUCGUUGGUAACUGCUUCGGAGAGUUAGACUUCUAUGACCUAGACGAGCAUUUGAAACCGUGCUUAUGGCUGUCUCGGGACCCGUUCUGGAGAUCUAUUGAUCUCUUGCCAAAGCAAAUAUUGUCCGAAUCGCCCAUACCCCUGGAUAUUCUUCCUCAACCAGUCGCUCUUGCCACCGAGUCGUUCCAUGACAGCACGUCCCAUUGGUCACAAGACCAGCUUGAAGACCUCGCUGCCUGGUCGACGGAUUGGGAGCAUUACCGUCAAGUCCACCUGUGGCAAGGCAUGCCCUGUGAUUAUGCAUGGCUUCUGUCAGAAGCCUUUGGUUUCCCAGGCCGGGUUGUUCCGCAAGCAUACAGCGAGCAAUGCGAAGGCGAGCCUGAGCAAAUGCUUGUCUUCCGUAUUGGUCAGCGAUACUUCCUAUUGACUCAAGGCGACGAGAACAUAUUUCGCACAUGUCCCGUCGAUUUAGGACGCCAGAACUUAUUCACGCACCUUCGUGGUCCUAAACUUGUAACAACACGGCGCACUGCAAUCACCGCAAGACAGACAUAUAUAUCUGGUCUCUCAACAGAGGUGUACAAUGAUCCAGACCCUCGAAAUCGCUGGCUGGAGAUGCAGAAACGCGGAGGAUAUGUUGAAUGGAGCAAUCUGGAGUGCCAAUUUGUCGGGCAAUAUAUGGAUUAG